GGUGCACCGGCAUGGAUCAUGGAGUGGAGACACUCGCUCGAUUCGAGAAGGACGUGAAGCGAACCGACACAGGGUUCCUGGCAAUAGCAACAGAGGCAGAGAACGACAGGGAGAGAACCUCGGAACCUCCAGGAAAGAUCAAGGAAUUAUUGAAGGAGUUCCAAGAUAUUCUUCCGGACGAUCUUCCAAAUGAGCUACCGCCAUACCGAACGCAUCAACACGAGAUCUUGGAGGAACCGGGUUCGAAGCAGACCUUCCGAGCACCAUAUCGGCUCAGCCCUACGGAGCUGACCGACAUGAAAAAACAGAUCGAGUAUCUCCUAGCCAAAGGACUCAUCCGACCAUCCACUUCGCCUUACGGUGCUCCAGUACUCUUCACACCGAAACCGGACGAAAGCCUGCGCAUGUGCAUCGACUACCGAGCUCUUAACAAGCAGACCAUCAAGAAUAAAUAUCCGAUACCGCGAAUCGAUGACCUGCUUGACCAGCUUCGGGGAGCUACGGUAUUUUCCAAACUGGAUCUGCGGUCCGGAUACUGGCAGAUACGCAUGGCGGACAACUCUAUCCACAAAACUGCUUUCCGAACUCGGUAUGGAUCGUACGAGUAUUUGUUAAUGCCGUUCGGACUCACCAACGCACCGGCAACGUUCCAAGCCGAAAUGAACCACAUUCUACGACCACUUUUGGACGAGUGCGUGGUGGUGUACCUGGACGACAUACUCAUCUACUCGCGCGACAUGAAGCAGCACGUCGAACACCUGCGACGCGUCUUCGAAAUUCUUCGACGAGAACGGUUCUACGUCAAACUGUCCAAGAGCGAAUUCGCCCUUGAAAAGGUCCUGUUCCUAGGACACAUGGUGAGCGCUCAAGGAGUUCACGUCGACCCCAAGAAAAUCGAAGCCGUACGUACGUGGAAGACACCCAAGAACGUGAAGGAGUUGCAGCAGUUCCUAGGCUUCGCUAAUUACUACAACAGGUUCGUGCCACAGUAUGCGAAAAUCGCAGCACCACUCACGAAUCUGCUGAAGAAGAACACGCCCUACAAAUGGGAGCUGAAGCACCAGGAAGCCGUGGAGCAGCUGAAGCAAGCACUUACGUCCGCACCGGUACUCAUUUUGCCAGAUCCCGAACGCGACUACGUCAUCGAAGCUGACGCCAGUGACCAAGCAGUGGGAGCGGUCUUGAUGCAAGAUCAAGGGAAUGGACUGCAACCAAUCGCUUACCUAAGUAAGAAACUACACGGGGCAGAACUCAACUACCCGAUACACGACAAGGAGGCCCUGGCAAUGACAUCGCGUACCGGAAAGGAUCAAGGAAAAUCUGGGUACCCAAUUACCCUCCUUUGCGCCAGCUACUACUCGAAGAAUACCACGACGUCCUCUACGCCGGACACUUCAGUAGCAACAAAACGCUCACCGGUAUCGCCAAACACUACUUACUGCCCCCACUUAGCAGAAGAUGUCCAGAAAUUUGUCACCUCGUGUGAUACAUGUCAGCGGAUGAAGAGUACCAAGCAGAAAAAGGCGGGAGUACUGCAGCCUCUUCCUGUCCCAGAACAACCAUGGCAAGUGGUUAGCCUGGACUUCAUCACCGGGUUACCGCCUACCUCGCGCGGUCAAGACGUCAUCCUUGUCGUCAUUGACAAAUUUUCCAAAAUGGGACACUUCAUCUCGACACACACGACAACUCGCACCGAAGAAACAGCACAACUCUUCGUUCGAUACAUCAUCUCACAGCAUGGCAUUCCAACCACACUCAUCUCCGACCGAGACCCUAAGUUCACCAGCAAGUUCUGGAAGGAACUUAUGAAUCUCCUCGGGACCAAACUUGCCAUGUCAUCUGCUUACCAUCCGCAGACAGACGGACAGACCGAGCGCCUCAACCAAAUUGUUGAGCAACUCCUCCGAGCAGCCUGCAAAGACGAGAUCUCUAAAAGGGACUUGCACCUGACCGUACUAGAGUUUGCUUUCAACAAUGCUACACAUGCCGCUACUGGAUAGUCGCCGUUCUUCCUCUGCUACG